CACAAUUAUUAUACUCCAACCACCGACGUUAUAUAUUUUUGAAAUAAACACCACACAUUGUUUUAAAAUAAAUAUCAAGCAUAACACAGUUUUGAUUUUAAAUUACACCAUGCGUCUUAGCCAUAUUUAUCUUUUUCACUUCAAUUAUUUCCGACCACUGGCUCCAAUCAACAGCUUAAUACAAUUAAACUACUACUUUGCUACUACAAAAUCCACAGUGGCCUGGGACCUGAAUAACAUCCAUGGAAGAAUGUCCAGCGAGAGAGAAAGGUUCAUCUUCCUGAUCAUUUGUGCACACGAAGCACCUACGGUGGUUCCCCUUGACUUAAAGAAGCUGGACGACAAAAAAGGAUCGGUUAUAGCUCUGCAUCAAUGAAAUGAAAAAAACAAAAAUCACAGAGCCAAAUGGAUGACAGGAGUGACAUGUGUAUCCUGAACGGUUGACUAUCGGUCAUUCCAUUAAUUGCGGAACGCAAAUGUUUUUAUCCUUCUUUAAUUCAAUUAAAAAAAUGUUGUAAUAAUUGGACUUAGGCUAGAUUUAGGUUGUCCCCUGCUCAAGCCUGACCCAGGUUUGUUUAUCUAUGCCUCGGCUUUUAAUAUAUCGUAGUCUUGUUGAUCCGUUACACGUAUAUUUAUGACAUUUGUCUGGAAAGUUGCAGUCAAUAACUGUUUCAAUGAAAACGGGGCAGUUACUUGCAUUGCUACACAGAUUAUUUUAUGCACAUUUAAUCCUCUCCAACAACAUUUUAUGAUGCCCUUAGACUGCUUAAGCAGUUUUGUUGCAAGAAUAUAAAUUUCUCUGCACAAAAGUCCUCAGAUUUCUCUUAAGAAAAUUAAGUCCCUAUUUUAGUUUAUUUCCUCUUGCACAUAUCAUGUUUGCCAUUAGUACAUGAAUAUUGAAAAUAGCUACCUAUUUUUUGAUAAACACACAACUUGUUUCGUAUAAGAACAGGUUUUGACCAAGUUAAAUCAGGAACUCCUGCAUAUGACCCAUAGAUGGACUAAAUAACUUAUGAUCCUGAAGGAAUAUUUUACUGCAGGUCAUAGAUGAUGUUUUUCUCGAAACAACUCAUAUAUUGACCAAUAUCGCAGGACCUUUGCCAAAUACCUUUACAUCUUUGAAAACUUUUAUACCUUUACAAAAAAAAAUGUUCAUGUGUUUAUGAUCUGUCUCACUCACAAUUUUUUCAAUGAAUUUGUUUAAGUAUGAUGAAUAGUCAGUGCAUAAUGUGUGUAGAAAAAUUUAAAUUUUUUUUACUAAAAGUCGUGUGAGACAAAUCAAAGUGAAGAGGUUUGUAAACUUUCAAGCCUCUCCACACAAUGCCCUCUAAACUGAACAUCAGCAUAGAUUAAAAUUUAGCUAAAGGUUGAAAUAUGUCAAUAAGCUCUACUGAUUUAGGUUUGAUUUGGGACCCUCCUAUGUGUAACGAACUGCCCUGGUCAUUCGAAUUGCCAAUGUGCAACGAACUGCCCCGAUCAUGCCAGGCAAUCAGGGGGGUGGUGAAAUAGGGUGUAAUUCUGAUUCUCCUUACAUUAUUUAACUGCAAUUUGAAUAUCCAUUUUACAGCGGUUUAAAGACACGUGUAAGAACAUUCUAACGCAGGACCAUAUUUUGUAAAUUGCAGGUCUACCAUGGGAAGGCAAAUGAAUUGUGGCAUGUAACUGGGGAAUGUAAUUUUAUUUAUUGUUCUGUUGUUUUGAUCAGAAAUGUUGUGAUAAUUAGACUUAGGCUAGAUUUAGGACGUACCCCGCUCCAGCCCGAUCCCAGGUAUGUUCUUCCAUGCACGGCUUAUCUUUAAAUUAUAUGCCUUUGUUGUUAUGAUACAGGCA